AUGAAGGCCCAAAAUUGUGUGUUCCUUUCUGCUCUGACAAUGGCAUGCCCAUUCGUGCGAGAUGUGGUGGAUGAAGAAGCACUUGUGCUGAGGAGAGCCUUCAGGCGAGAAAGGGUCUUCAGGGACCGGUUGGACCCACUGGCCUUCCCUGAUGACCAUCUAUAUGAAAGAUACAGGUUUUCUGCAGAUGGCAUCAGGUAUCUAUGCAGACUACUGGGUCCCAGGAUUAAGCACCGCACUGCACGGAGCCAUGCAAUGAGUGUGGAGCAAAUGGUUUGUGUGGCCUUGCGCUUUUUUGCUAGUGGAGCCUUCCUGUACUCAGUGGGGGAUGCAGAACAGCUGAACAAGGCCACAAUUUGCCGCACAAUAAGGAGUGUGUGUCUGGCUAUCAAAGCAUUAGCAGAUGUCUUCAUCUCCUUCCCUGGCCACAGAAGACUCUGUGACAUCAAAGAGGAGUUCUAUAGGAUUGCAGGUUUCCCCAAUGUCAUUGGUGCAGUGGACUGCACACACAUAAGGAUAAAAGCCCCCUCAGGUGCCCAUGAGGCCGAUUUUGUGAAUAGGAAAUCCUUUCACAGCAUUAAUGUUCAGAUGGUCUGCAAUGCUGACUGUGUGAUCAGCAAUGUUGUGGCAAAAUGGCCUGGCUCAGUCCAUGACUCCAGAAUCUUUCGGGCCUCUGAAAUCUAUCAGUGCCUAUCACAAGGUGAAUUCUCUGGUGUGUUGCUGGGAGACAGGGGGUAUGGCUGCCAGCCUUUUCUCCUGACACCUUUCACAGACCCCCAGGAAGCACAGCAGGCCUACAACCAUGCCCAUGCCAGGACCAGGGCCAGAGUUGAAAUGACCUUUGGCCUCCUGAAGGCACGCUUUCACUGCCUUCACAAAUUAAGGGUCAGCCCUGUUAGGGCAUGUGAUAUUACUGUGGCUUGUGCUGUCCUCCACAAUGUGGCCUGCCUGAGGAAGGAGAGGGCCCCCAGAGUGCCACCAGCCAUGGACUGGGACAAUCCGGCAAUCUUCCCUGAUGACGACAGUGGUCGUCUGCUGAGGGACCAAUAUGUGUUGAAUUAUUUUAGUUAGUAUGUGUGCUUUCAAUUUUGGUUAAAUAUGUCCUGCGGUGGCAGAGGAAUUUGGGUUUUUUUGGGUUCGUUUUUUUACGAAUUUGGCCUCUUAUGAUGUUUGUGCGGUAUACUGUGUGUAAUACAAGGCUGCAGGGAGGCUACUGCAUCCAUUCAUUUGUCUGUUCAGUUGAUGUGUAUGGAUUUGUCCUGCAUUUAUUUUAGUGUGCAGACAUGCAGGGUGUGUUAUAUACAGACCUUUGAAUGUGUAUGUAUCAUUUUGUAUAAUAUGCUUGGAUUCUGUGCUUUCCAUCUUGUAGAGUCACUGUGACUUCAGUUUCGAAAGGAGCUGAUGGUUUACCUGCUUUGUUUUGUCCUUAUUCAAUAAAGGAACAUAAUGUUA